GGCCCCAAAGGGGUGUGCGGAAGACGGGCCGGGGCCGGGGGAAGACUCUCGCUCCCGGGUGCAGCGGCCUGCAGAGGCGGCGCAGGCGCCCUGCUCCCAGAGGAGUGCACCGCGCUGCCGCCGAGCCGAGAGCUGCGGGGGCUGCAGGGAGAAGGCGGAGACCGGCUGUGGCUGCUGCACUAAGCCCCUUACGCCGCGGGCUUCGGAGCCCUAUGCCCCCGCCGGCGAGCCCGGGGUCCCGGCUAGUGGCGGCUCGCGGUAGCUUCCGGGAUGCUGCUGCUUCUGCUGCUUGCUGCCUGUUGGGGGCGGGGGGCGCUGUCUGGCAGCCCCCCAGGCCCGGCGGUGCACAGCCUGCGAGGGGGCUGGUGGCUGGGCAACGGGAACGGCUCGGUGGUGCUGAAAGGGGAUGUGCCUGGCUGCGUUCACACGGCCUUACUCCGCCAGGGCCUCAUCCAGGAUCCUUACUAUAGGUUUAAUGACCUGACCUACAGAUGGAUCUCCUUGGAUAACUGGACUUACAGCAGGAUAUUCAAAACCCCUUUUGAUGUCAGCAAAUGGCAGAAAGUGAAUUUGGUUUUCGAGGGAGUAGAUACAGUAGCGCAAAUCCUGAUCAAUAAUGUCACUGUUGGGAGAACGGACAACAUGUUCAACAGAUAUAGCUUUGAUAUUACCAGUGUGAUCAAGGAGGUCAAUUUUAUUGAGGUCCGUUUCUUAUCAGCCAUUUCAUAUGCAGCAGAGCAGAGCAGAUCUCACAGAGCAUACAGGGUGCCUCCACAGUGCCCUCCACCUGUGCAGAAAGGGGAGUGCCAUGUUAAUUUCAUCAGAAAGGAACAAUCUUCGUUCAGUUGGGACUGGGGUCCCUCUUUUCCCACUCAAGGAAUUUGGAAAGAUGUUAGAAUUGAAGCCUAUAACCUUUGUCACCUGAUCUACUUCACUUCAACCCCCAGCUAUGUGAAGAGUGCUCAGCAGUGGAGUCUUGAAAUAGAGUCUGUUUUUGAUGUAGUCAGCUCAAAGCCAGUUGUUGGUCUUGUGACAGUGAACAUUCCUAAGUUGCAAACACAGCAAACCUAUACUACAGAACUUCCUCCUGGAGAAGGCAGAAUUGUGCUGCUCGUAAACAUCAAUAAGAGUGCUACAGUGCAGACUUGGUGGCCUAGUGGCCAUGGAAACCAAACUGGAUAUGACAUGACAACAACUUUCAACAUGGGGGCAGGAUACAAGAUUGAGAAAUUUUCGAAGGCUUAUUUUCGAACAGUGGAACUGGUUGAGGAGCCUAUACCUGGUUCACCAGGCCUGAGUUUCUACUUCAGGAUCAACGGACUCCCUGUCUUCUUUAAGGGAUCCAACUGGAUUCCAGCAGAUGCCUUCCAGGACAGAGUUUCCUCUGAUAUGUUAAAGCUCAUCUUGCAGUCCACAGUUGAUGCUAACAUGAAUGCGCUUCGUGUAUGGGGAGGAGGAGUAUAUGAGCAAGAUGAAUUCUAUGAUAUCUGCGAUGAACUAGGAAUAAUGAUUUGGCAGGAUUUUAUGUUUGCAUGUGCCCUUUACCCAACUGACCAGAACUACUUAGAAUCAGUAAGAGCAGAAGUUACUCAUCAGGUGAAGAGAUUAAAAUCUCACCCAUGCAUCAUUUUAUGGAGUGGAAACAAUGAAAAUGAGGCAGCAAUUGCAGGCAACUGGUUCUCUAUACCACACGAUAAGAUGGAAGUUUAUAUCCUAGACUAUGUGAAACUUUAUGUGAAGAACAUCCAAGAAAUUGUUAUUGCUGAGGAUAAGAGUCGUCCUUAUAUUACAUCCAGUCCCACAAAUGGCAAGGAGUCUGUUAAAGAAAGCUGGCUCUCCCAAAAUCCUUAUGACACCCAUUAUGGUGACACUCACUUUUAUGACUAUCUCAGUGACUGCUGGAACUGGACAGUGUAUCCUAAAACUCGGUUUGCCUCGGAGUAUGGAUUUCAGUCCUGGCCCUCCUUCAGUACAUUGGAAAAGGUCUCCUCUACAGAGGACUGGUCUUAUACAAGCAAUUUCUCCCUCCAUCGACAGCACCAUGCAGCUGGUAACGACCAAAUGCUUUAUCAGGCUGGACUUCACUUCAAGCUGCCUCAGAAUACAGAUUCCCUAAAACUGUUCAAAGAUACAAUUUACCUCACUCAGGUUAUGCAAGCCCAGUGUAUAAAGGCAGAAACGGAGUUCUAUCGGCGUAGUCGAAGUGAGAUAAUCAAUGGAGAGGGACAUACAAUGGGAUCACUCUACUGGCAGCUUAAUGAUAUCUGGCAGGCCCCUUCAUGGGCUUCUCUAGAGUAUGGGGGCAAGUGGAAAAUGCUCCAUUACUUUGCCCAGCAUUUCUUUGCCCCACUGUUGCCUGUGGGAUAUGAAGAUGACGGCGUGCUGUACAUCUACGGAGUGUCGGAUCUUCAUUCAGACUGUGAGCUGACGCUCCAAGUCACUUUGCACCGGUGGAGUUCGAUGGAGCCAGUGUGUACCCUUGCUAAAGAGGGUGUGACCCUUAAGGCAGGGAGUGCUGCCCCAAUUUACAAGGAGCCCAUAAAUGACCUGUUGAAAAGAUGUGGGAAUUGUACCAGGCAAAGCUGUGUCGUCACCUUUUACCUUAUGGGAAAAGGCGAGCUCCGUAGUCCUGGCAACUAUCACUUCCUAGCUUCGCUGAAGGACGCGGUGGGAUUGGAGAAAGCACAGCUCAGUGCCACUAUUUCUCAGCAAGGUGACCUGUAUGCUUUUGUUCUGCAGACCACAGCAAUCACUCCUUUUGUUUGGCUGGAUGUAGGGAAUAUACCUGGGAGGUUUAAUGACAACGGCUUUCUCAUGACUGAGAAAAGAAAAGUUGUGGUGUUUUAUCCGUGGGAGCCCAUCAGCAUCGAGGAACUCAAAAAAUCACUCAGCUUGACUUCACUGAUGGACAUUUACUGAGGAAAUCUCAUGUCCUUUAUAGGAAAUGUUUCCUGUAGUGGUAGCAGAAUAGAAACUGGAAAUCUUCAAAGGAGUACAACUAGGACUCCGUGUUUGUCACAGAGGUUGCGGAAGUCACAGAUUCGAUGACUUUCCGCCACCUCCAUGACUUGUGCGGUGGCCAGUGUGGCUGACCCCAGGGCUGCCCAAGCAGUGACACACUCCCCCUGCCCCAAGAUUUAGUCAGGGGUAUAGUAAAAGUCAUGGACAGGUGACAGCCAUGAAUUUUUGUUUAUUGCCCAUG